AUGUCGUCCGUCACCACCAGCUCGGCCACGCCCUCGGCCUCGAGCUCCAAUCGAGCUCCCGAGCAGGCCGGCAUCCUCGAGGGCAACAACCCGACCCACUACAAUUCCAAGGAUCCGAUUAUCAUGUUCAUCAUCCAGGCCGGCAUCAUUAUCAUUUUCUGCCGUGCCCUCCACUUUCCGCUGCAGAAGCUGCGCCAACCGCGCGUCAUCGCCGAAGUCAUCGGCGGCAUCCUGCUAGGCCCCUCGGUCAUGGGCCAGAUUCCGCAUUUCACCACGACGAUUUUCCCUACCGCCUCAAUGCCGAACCUUACCCUGGUUGCCAACCUGGGUCUUGUGUUGUUUUUGUUCCUGGUCGGCCUCGAGGUUGAUCUCCGCUUCCUCCUCAGCAACUGGAAAAUUGCAUUGAGCGUGGGCUUGGCUGGAAUGGCCCUCCCCUUCGGCCUCGGUGCUGCUAUUUCCUACGGACUGUACCACGAGUUCAGAGGCGAAGGGGGCACCGUGCCCGUCAAUUUUGGCGUCUAUCUCCUCUUCAUUGGUGUCGCCAUGGCAAUUACCGCUUUCCCCGUCCUGUGCAGAAUCUUGACCGAACUAAAGCUGCUCACCACCCCCGUCGGUGUUAUCGUACUCUCCGCCGGAGUUGGAAACGACGUCGUUGGGUGGAUUCUCCUCGCUCUUUGCGUUGCUCUCGUCAAUGCCGGCACUGGACUGACGGCACUCUGGGUUCUACUUGUUGCCGUUGGCUACACGCUCUUUGUCUGGUUUGCGGUCAAGCCUGCUCUCUGGUGGCUUUUGCGCAGGUCCGGCGCGCUCCAAGAUGGCCCCAGUCAGGGCAUAAUUGCCCUGACGAUGCUCCUGACACUCGGUUCCGCCUUCUUCACCGGCGUCAUUGGCAUCCAUCCCAUUUUCGGUGCCUUCCUCAUCGGCCUGAUCUGUCCCCACGAAGGAGGCUUUGCCAUCAAGGUGACUGAAAAAAUCGAGGAUAUCGUGGGCGCCGUUUUCCUCCCCCUCUACUUUGCUCUAUCUGGUCUCAACACCAACCUGGGGCUGCUUGAUACAGGAAUGACAUGGGCGUACGUCAUCGCUGUCAUCUGCGUCGCUUUUUGUGCCAAGUUCAUCGGCGCAGCUGGAGCUGCGCGCCUUUGCGGUCUCGUUUGGAGAGAGAGCUUUACCAUUGGAGCCCUUAUGAGUUGCAAGGGCUUGGUCGAACUCAUCGUCUUGAACAUCGGACUGCAAGCCAAAAUUCUCAGCCAGCGUACUUUCACCAUCUUCGUGGUCAUGGCAUUGGUCACCACUUUUGCCACGACCCCGCUCACCUCCUGGUUAUAUCCGCCUCAUUAUCAACGUAAGCUUGAGGCUUGGAAGCGAGGCGAGAUUGACUGGGAUACGGGCGCUGCCAUCAGGCAUGAGGAAGACAGCACUGACGAAGUCUCGUUCGAGAAGCUGGAGAGCGUAAAGGCUCAGAGCCUACUUGUCUACCUUCGUCUAGACAACAUGUCCGCCUUGCUUCCACUUGUGUCGUUGUUCGGUGUCAGGUCCAGCAAUGGCGAGAAAAAGGCACAUCCGUCCAAGCCAUCGGAGUCGCAAGAGCGCGGAGGUACGGGUGUGGCGAAGAGACCUGUCAAGGCCCAUGGCAUCCGUUUGCUGGAGCUCACAGACCGUGAUUCUUCAGUCAUGAAGGUAUCUGAGGUGGACGAGUUUGGGCUGCACGACCCUGUGGUGAACACGUUCAGGACAUUUGGCUACCUCAACAACCUCGCAAUCUCUGGAGAAGUCGACGUGGUACACGGAAGCUCUUUCUCGGAUACGCUGAUUUCGCGGGCUUCGGACAUGUCCUCAGAUCUCGUCAUCAUCCCCUGGAGCGAGACAGGGAACAUGUCUGAGCUUGAUGUUAUUUCUGAUGACGCAGUUCGCCGUAAACUUCACACAAGCGCGUACAACGGCUUCGUCAGCUCGGUGCUCAGCAACACAGGCAGCGUGGCAGCCGUGUUCAUCAACGACAAUUUCGGCGGCUCGGGCAGAAAGGACCGGAAAAAGCUUCAACGUUCGGUCAGUCAUGUCAGCCUUCGCAGCAACCAGGAGAAGAACGUGGCGUUGGCGCCGAGCGCGGACAGGACCCAUCACAUAUUCAUCCCCUUUUUCGGCGGGGCUGAUGAUCGGGCCGCGAUUCGUCUCGUUCUUCAACUUGCGGAGCACCCUGAUGUCACUGCGACACUCGUCCACUUCGAAACACCUGGCGAUUACUUCGAACCCCCUGACGCCGCCCCGGCGGACACGAUCUCGCCGGCAACUGGCAAGCAGCCUACGACGGCCGUGGCGCCGGGCGCGGAUAAGGAUGCUGCCUUCUUCCAGGCGUUGCGCAGCUCGCUUCCGAGCGAGAUGCAAAACUCGGUUCUCUUCGAUUCAGUGACGACGGCGAAUCCAAUCUCGGCCGCCAUGGAGCGCGCACGGUCCGAAGUUGGUCAGAAUCCACGCAACGCCGGUGAUCUCAUCGUUCUGGGACGCAGCAUUACGCAGUUCUCGGCAUUCACUCAGGAGAGGGUGAAGGACGUCGGGGAAGACGUCGACGCUGAGGCGCAGAAAUGCCUGGGUGUGGUGGCGGAGACGAUUGUCAGGUCGAAGGCCAAGGCGAGCAUCCUGGUCGUGCAGGGUCGCACUCUGGCCGCAGAGUAA